AUGCUGAUCGAAACUGGUACCCUCACUGCUCUUGAGUUUGGCAAAGGUUGUAAAAUUGUUAUGGAGCAAGAACUAUUAAUUGAGGGUGAUUUCCAAGUAUUGGGUGAUUCGUCAAGCUCAAAUGGAGUUGAUAUUCCACAAAUUGGGAUGUGUUUUUCAGCUGAAGAAGAAGUUUAUGAUUUUUACAAAUCCUAUGCACAAGGUCUUGGUUUUGGUAUUUCAAAGUUGGGUUCCAAAAAAGGAGAUGAUGGUCAGCUGAAGUAUUUUUCGUUCGGAUGCUCUAAAACUGGUAAGACUGCACCUAGAGUGAAAAAUUCCUUUUAUCCUAGACCUUGUAGCAAAACAGAUUGCAAGGCAAGAAUUAAUAUUACAAUUCAGAAUGAUGGAUUAUGUGUCAUUACUAGUAUUCAACUUGAACACAAUCAUGCAUUAAGUCCAAGGAAGUCAAGACAUUUUAGAUGUAAUAAAGUCUUAGAUUCCCAAACUAAGAGGAAAUUAGAGUUGAAUGAUCAAGCGGGAAUAACUUUGAGUAAGAGUUUUCAUUCUUUUGUUGUUGAAGCUGGUGGCUAUGAAAAUUUGCCGUUUGAUGACAGAAAGUGUAGAAAUUAUGUGGCUGAAGCACGAAGAUUAAGGCUUGGGAAUGGUGAUGCAGAAGCCUUGAAUAAUUACUUUUGUCGUAUGCAAAGUAGAAAUUCAAAUUUCUUUUAUGUGAUUGAUGUAGAUGAAGAUUCUCGCAUAAGAAAUAUAUUUUGGGCUGAUGCAAGAUCUAGGGCUGCAUAUGAUUCUUUUUCUGAUGUCAUUACAUUUGAUACUACAUAUCUUACAAAUAGUUAUGAUAUGCCAUUUGCUCCAUUUGUUGGAGUAAAUCAUCAUGGUGAAUCCAUAUUACUUGGCUGUGGUUUGAUAUCUAAAGAAGAUUCUGAAACUUUCAUUUGGUUAUUUAAAUCAUGGUUGACAUGCAUGAGAGGACGAGCUCCACGAGCUAUUAUUACGGAUCAAUGCAAAGCCAUGGAAAUUGCAAUUCUUGAGUUUAUUGAACAAUAUGACAACGCUUUGAAAAGCAAGAUUGAAAAGGAAGAUAAUUCUGAUUUUGCAUCUUUUAAUUCAAUCAUUCCAGUUAUUAGUGGCAAUCCAAUUGAAAAGCAGUUUCAAAGUGUUUAUACUAACAAAAUAUUCAAGUUGUUUCAAGAUGAACUGCGAGAGGAACGACAAAGAUAUAAUAAUCUUCAACCAUUGUUACAGGAAGUGGGGCAGCUUGGGUCAAAAACUGAUGAAAGGACAGCAAUAAAAUACAUGAGGAAUCAAGAUAUGAAAGCAAACAAUUUCACAGUCCUCUAA